GGGCGGUGUGUGGGUAGUGGGUGUCUUCACAGCGAAGUUUUCGCGAAAUACAAGAGAGAGGCAGCGAAUCGCUGUAUAUAAUUCAUCUCAUUCUGAUAUUUUGUUCUGAUAUUACUUUUCAUACUCUCUGAUAUUCACGUAUUUCUCGCGCGCAGCAAUAUCGCGCGAUUUUGCUUCUUCCAUAUUUCCUCAAUGUGCGUUUCUGAGUUAAAGGUUAAGCUGUCAGCCGCAAUCUAAAACAAUUUGUAUUCCCCGAUAGGUAUGGUAGAGGAUAGAAAGUAUGAGAUUCCAAGCCGUAUCGAGUGCGACGGAUAUCGAGGUACGUUGAAAUACGUCGGACCCGUUGGAAACACCAAGGGAGAGUGGUUGGGAAUAGAUUGGGACGAUUCGACUCGUGGCAAACACAAUGGCACUUACGAAGGUGUAGAGUAUUUUCAAGCCAGACAUUCCACAUCAGGCUCUUUCAUACGGCCAGGCAAAGCCAAAUUUGGGAUAUCUUGUCCACAAGCCAUCAAAAUGCGUUAUGGACUAAUCGAUGAUGAAUUAGCAGGCAUAGACAGGGACGAAGUAUCGACUUUAAGGAAAGAAAUGAACGCGCCGUUUUUAGAGCUUGUUGGUUUCUCCAAAGUGAACAAAAAGCAGAGCAAGUUUGACCAACUAAAAAUAGUGUGGCUGAGAGAACAGUGUGUAUCCAAUGCAGGAGAGCCACAAGAAUUGGAAGAAUUAUGUCCUAAUUUGGAAGAACUGGAUUUAUCUAGAAAUUUGAUAAACUCAUGGAAAAUUGUAGCAAAUAUAUGUUCCCAACUUCGUUCUCUGAUGCGUCUUAAUGUUAGUGAAAAUCAUCUGCCUAUAGAAGAUAUGACAGCAUUAAAAGAUUCAUUUUCAACAGUUAAACAUUUAACUAUAGCUAGAAUGAAUUAUAACUGGUUUGAUAUUCGACAAUGUAUAUCCAUGUUUCCGUUGAUCGAAGAACUUUCAGUUUCUUUUAAUACUGUUAUGACUAUAGAUGAUAUGACUUGUGCAAAUACUAAUUUAAUGAAAAUAGUUACAUUAAUACUUGAAGGAAAUUUAAUAUCAAGUUGGGAUGAGAUACUUAAACUAGGUUCCCUUCCAUGCUUAGAAUAUCUUAAUUUGAAUUUAAACAAAAUAGAUAGAAUUAGAUUUUCAUCAACAUCAACAGAUAAGACUGCUUCAUUUCCUAUUCUACGUCAACUACAUAUUUCAGAAAAUCUCAUAUCAGAGUGGCAAUCCAUUAGUGAAUUGGAUAAAUUAUCAAAUCUGGAAGAUUUAAAAUUCAGAGGAAAUCCCAUUUUGGAGAACGAAACAGUAGAGACUGCUCGACAAUUGGUAAUUGCAAGAAUUGCGAAAUUAAAGAUCUUAAAUGGUACAGAAAUACUUCAUGAUGAAAGGAGAGGUGCCGAAUAUGAUUAUUUAAAAUUGUAUUUACCAUUGUGGUUAGAAACUGAAAGUAAUUUGGAGAAAAGAACAUCUUUCAUAAAUGAACAUCCACAAUAUCCUAUUUUAGUCGAUAAAUAUGGAAUUGCGGAUAUUCCUUCGGCUAAGCCAAAAGUAGAAAUGAUUUCAAAUGUGAUAACCGUGGAAUUUGUAUGCCCGGAUGAUCCGCAUCAACCUAGAGGAAUUAAGAGAAAGUUACUUAAAGAUAUGGAAGUUCAAAAAAUGAUUGGGCUUGCUCAAAGACUUUUUAAAACUGGUGGGAAAAUUCCGGCUCUUUCAUUUAUCCCACGUAAUCUAUCGAACAAUGAAAUCUCAUUGGAUAAACCCUUGCAAGAACUUAGUUACUAUUCAAUACAGGACGGUGAUCAAGUUCUUGUGAGGUGGUGAUACAUCGAAUAAAUUAUAUUUAUAGAUAUACGACUGUAUUUUCUACGCUGUUAAAGUCCAUUCUAUAAUACUUUGUUAUUAAAAUUUUUUUAAUUGCAUCGCAUGUUCUUGAUGAACCUUGCUGAGAUUGUGGAAUCUGAUAAUGUAAGCUUAAGUUAACGAGAUAAAUACUCUUGCCGCUAUUGGAAAAA